AUUAUUGGCUUCACUGUCGUUUGACAAAGUACAGCUGACGAAACAAUACACAUUAUUUUUUGUGAAAUUUCGGUAAUUUACAGAUGUGAAAAAGCAUGUGACUUAAAUAUCGGCCCCCAAAAUGUCUUUUUUACGCGGAUCUCAGAAUUACGUCUGGUCGACAACGAGUGUCUUGGGAAAGGGGGCUACCGGGGCUGUCUACCAAGGCGUAAAUAAAAUCAACGGUGAGCCUGUGGCGGUGAAAACCUUCAAUCAAAUGAGCCACUUGCGUCCCCACGAUGUUCAAAUGCGUGAAUUUGAAGUGUUACAAAAAGUGAAACAUGAAAAUAUCGUCAAACUUUUGGCCAUUGAGGAAGAACAGGAAAAUCGUGGAAAAGUUAUUGUGAUGGAGUUGUGCACGGGAGGAAGUCUUUUUAACAUUUUGGACGAUCCGGAAAAUACGUACGGACUAGCGGAAAAUGAGUUCUUGAAGGUACUCCAGGAUUUGUCCGCCGGGAUGAAACAUCUGCGGGAUAAUAACCUUGUCCAUCGGGAUUUAAAGCCAGGUAACAUAAUGAAGUUUAUCUGUGAUGACGGCCAGACUGUGUACAAAUUGACCGACUUUGGGGCAGCUCGAGAACUUCCCGAGGGCCAACAUUUCCAAUCAUUAUAUGGCACGGAAGAAUACUUACACCCAGAUCUCUAUGAACGCGCAGUAUUACGCAAGCAUGUCAAUAAAACUUUUGGCGCUACAAUUGACUUGUGGUCAAUCGGAGUCACUUUGUAUCAUGUCGCAACAGGAAAUCUACCAUUCCGUCCUUAUGGUGGCCGCAAAAACAAAGAAACCAUGCAUUUAAUAACAACGAAAAAAGCAAGUGGGGUUAUUUCCGGUAUUCAGGUCACUGAAGAAGGCCAAAUUGAGUGGCGCAAAACGUUGCCGGAAAGUUGCCAACUAAGUCCGGGUCUGAAGAAAAUAAUUACACCGUUAUUGGCUGGUUUACUGGAAGCAGACACGAAAAAAAUUUGGACGUUUGAACGAUUUUUUACGGAAGUUACUGACAUGUUAUCAAGAAAAAUCGUUAAUAUUUUUCAUGUGAAUAAAGCACAACUUAUCAAGGUUUAUAUCCAUCCCGACGAAAGUUAUAAUCAUUUACAGAAUUACAUAAACGAACAAACUGAAGUAUCGCCUGAAAAUCAAAUAUUGCUCCUGAAAACAAAUUUAUUCACUGAUAUAGUGGAAGAGAAUAGUAGAGCAGGAGGUUACCCCGAAACAAAAGAAGGCGAACCUUUAUUUCUAUUUAAUAAAGAAAAUAACAACGUGACGGUAAUUCCCGAGCAGAACUUACCAAAAUUUACAGAUUUUAGUAAUGUGACGUCUGUAGAAAGCGACGCAGCGCAGGCAAAAAACGCCUGUAGUAUAGGCUAUCUGUGCAAACGACGAAUUGAAAAAUAUUCACUCGCCUGCUCUCAUUUCAACAACUGUGUUGAAAACUUUGUGCAAUACAUAAACAAGGAACUCAGAGAAAUCAACCAGGAAUCGUUGCAUCUGUUAGAAAAGACCACGAUUCAUAAAAAGACUGCUCAUUUUCUAGAAUCAUCGCAAAAAAUUGCGGCUUUUAAAUUCAGUAAUGUCCACCAAAUCGUUUACGUCGACGAUUUGAAACAACUGAGCGAAAGUUUUGUCUCGGAAACCGCGAAAAAAAUUCUGCAACUGAACCAGAGUCACGUGAUCGAGAAUACGCUGCAGUCCGAAUGGGACGUAUCGAGUCGGCCAUUGAAGAGUCCAGUAAAGUCGCGAGCGGUCGAAAGGGCCCGGACUGAAGUAGAGCGCUUGAGGGACUCGUGGCAGCACCUCGUUCGAGAUCGGGCCACUCGGACGCUUUCCUACAACGACGAGCAGUUCCAUAUUUUGGAGCGCAUUAAAAUCACACAUACAAUUAAUCGGAUCAAGGUUUUGUUGCAGAAAGAAGUGUUUCCGCAGUAUGUGCAAUUGGCAGAGAAUUUGGGCGAUUGGUAUAAAAUCGCCCAGACGGUUUAUUUGCAAAUGAUGAUUUUGAAAAGGGACGUUUUGAAUUAUGACUCCAAUUUGAAAAAGUUUGAGUUGGAGAUGUUUAUUAAAAAUGAGGAGUAUUUAGAACAGGUGAAAAAAUUGUUGGAGCAGGACGCAACUGAUAUUUCAAGCAAGAAAAUAAAGAAUUCCAAUAAUCAGAAGUUGAAGAUAUGUCUGAGUGAAUACAGGAGGGAGUGUUCUGGUUUGAGAGAAGUUGUUUUAGAAAAUGAACAACUCGUUGAGCAGGUCAGUAGGAUUCUGGAGGAUUUGAUCGUUGACGAAGAGGGCUGAUUGCAUUCCGUGUUCUUUUUGAGAUAAGUUGUCAGUUUUCAACUGAUUGUGUUAACGUUACUGUAUUAUUUUUAUUGUUAUACUGAGGAAAUAAAAAUAUUUCUAUUGGA